UCGAUUCGUACGCAAGACUUUGUCGACCGUGCCAAAAAAUUUAGUCUCUAUUAUCAAUAUACAAAGUCAUAGAAAUAUAAGCACUGUACACUGGAAACACACCAGGUAGAGGCUUACCCAGAUAUAAUAGUAGCAUGCAAAGAACUGUUUCAUUCAUCAAUGCGUGUCUUUGCAUAUGAGACGGCCUGCUAAAUAAACCAUCUUGUGCGCAACUGAUUAGAAAAUAUGGUCCGGAAAGUGGUAUUUGCGUUCCCUCUCGUUUUAAGCAUCCUGCUCUGUUCUGUUGAGAGUAGAGGAACACCCUUCGUGGACACCCAGAAUGGUCGAAUCUUGGGUAGGACCAUCAAAGUCACACCUUGGCAGUUUCCAGAUAGUGAGACCAUUGUGGUGGAGGCAUACACCAAGAUCCCUUAUGCUGAGUCUCCGGUUGGAGAGCUGAGGUACAAACAUCCUGUCAAGAAAGUUUGGACGGGAGAGGUAGACGCCACCAAACCAAACGUUGCUUGCCCUCAAGUCCCUUUGAUAGGAUUCACUGUAGAAAUGGAAGAGACAGAGGAUUGUCUGUACUUGGAUGUCUUUGUGCCGUCACCACGGCCCAAUCCAGCGCCAGUGAUGGUGUGGAUUCAUGGAGGAGGGUUUUUCGCAGGUGCAGGAUCAGUACCUGAACAACUUCCUAUACCAUUAUCAUUUUAUGGAGAAGUCAUUGUCGUCACUUUCAAUUAUCGACUUGGAAUGCUGGGAUUCUUGAAUACAGGUGACGGAGAAAUUCCAGCCAAUCUUGGUAUGUUUGAUCAACGAGAAGCACUGAUAUGGGUUCAAGAAAACAUAGCAGCUUUUGGAGGUGAUCCAGGGCGUGUAACUAUAUUUGGUGAGAGCGCUGGAGGUGCGAGUGUUAAUUUUCAUCUUCUAUCACCGCUUAGUGCUGGACUGUUCAGAGGUGCUAUACUGCAGAGUGGGAACGCCCUUUUGAAUAUGGGUAAUACCGACCUCGUCGAGAAGACAUUCGAGUUUGGAAAAGGAGCCGGAUGUGACUUCAACAACAGCAAGGAUCUUGCGGAAUGUUUGAGAGGAAGAUCAUUGGAAGACUUGAAGGAUGGAUAUAUUAUUAUAAACGUGCAUCCAGGUCAUAUAGAACUCGCCCCCGUUGUGGAUGGGCACUUUUUAAAUGAUACACCACUCAAGCUGAUGCAGCAAGGACAUGUGAACGUUGAUAACGUCCUCCAUGGGGACUUACUCAACGAAGGGUCCUGUUUCACCAUCUUUACCGGUUUCGCUUCCACUGAAGACAUCCCUCCUCCUGUUUUAACUCUCGACGACUUCAAGAAUCAUCUUGCGAACUUCUUCAAGAUUGAUGAUCCGCUUAUUCUAGAUACGAUUGUCUUUGUGCUCUCUGACUCGGCACAUAUUACAGGAAAUAAAACUGACUAUUUUAAGGAGUUGGCAGACGCUUUCGAUUCUAUAAUCUCUUGCCCGAUCAAUCCGUUUUCCAAUCUGCUGUCAACGGCGGGUAAAACGGCCUACCGCUACACUAUGACACACGCCCCUUCUCACUCGGCCCUGGGUCCUCUGAAAUGGGCAGGAGCAACACAUGUAGAGGAUAUCCCGUACGUCUUUGGCAGUCCUCUACUGCGUGAGAGGGAAGAUGGUCCUAAAGGCAUGUCUGGGUUCUUCGAUGGGGCUGAGGAGGCGGCUUUGUCCAGACAGAUCAUGCGAUACUGGUCUAACUUCGCAAAAACAGGGAAUCCCAAUUUGUCAUCUCAAGAUCCAAAGGAAGUCAAUAACCCGCUCGAUCUUGAGGAAUGGCAACCGUUUACAAAUGAACAACCCUACUACAAAGAAUUGGAUUAUGGAUUCCCUACGAGGGAAGGUGUGAUGAAAGCCAAGGAGUGUCACUUCUGGACCACUAUCUUUCCAAAGAUGAUGGCCCAAUCAUUUGAGCUGUCGAUGCUGAAGACGAUGUUAGCCGACCAAGUAGCUGCUCAUAGCACUGGAACAUGCAAUGGUGAUUCUUGUCCGGAGGAGUGAUGUCCGAAAAGCUCUGUGGCGGGGCGGGGGCUGGGUGGGGACGGGGCAGGUGUGCAUGGAAGAGGAGGGGUGGUGAGUGGUGCCAGGUAAAGCUUUAAUUAGGAGGUAACACAUAAUUUAAAAACUCACACCCGCAAUGUACCAGCAGUUUACAUAAAUAUUUUUUUGCUCGCUCACAAAACUUUAGGAAUCCUGUCAAAAAAACGUCAGCCACACCCCCUACCCCCCCCCCC